AUCGGACCGCCGCCUAUUGGGGCAUUUUCCCUUUUCCAACGAGUCACCGGCGCUUCGCCGCGGCAGGAGCCUAGAGCGCGAGACCGAGCAGAAAUGUCGACGAUGCUGGCGGCGCGGCUGGAUUCCACUGCCAUCCCCUCACCCCAGUUGCCCUCGCCAAGCAUCCGCCUCCGCUUCUCGCCGCCCGCAGGCUCCCGCUCCCGCUCCCUCGCCCCGCGGGCGGCGGCCUCGGCGACCGCCGUCGCCACUAAACCGGCGGCGGCGGCUGCGGCUCCCUUGUCCGCGGAUCGCACCGUCGUGCGCAUUGGGCUCCCCAGCAAGGGCCGCAUGGCGGAGCAAACCCUAAGCCUCCUCAAGAGUUGUCAAUUGUCGGUGAGGCAGCUCAACCCACGGCAGUACACUGCCGACAUCCCGCUGAUUCCAAAUCUGGAGGUUUGGUUUCAAAGGCCUAAAGACAUUGUUCGUAAACUGCAGUCAGGGGAUCUUGACCUUGGUAUUGUGGGUUUUGACACAGUCAGUGAAUACGGGCAGGUCAAUGAUGACUUAGUAGUUGUUCAUGAUGCUCUGGAUUUCGGACAGUGUCGUUUAUCCCUUGCGGUACCUAAGGGAGGCAUUUUUGAAAACAUACACUCCGUGGAGGAUAUGGCAAAGAUGCCUGAAUGGACUGAAGAACAACCACUACGUGUUGUUACAGGAUUUGGAUAUCUAGGUGCUAAGUUUUUGAAAGAGAAUGGUUUUAAGCAUGUUCGUCUUUUAUCUGCUGAUGGAGCACUCGAGUCAUUUCCUCCUAUGGGUAUGGCUGAUGCUAUCGUGGAUCUCGUGAGUAGCGGAACGACCUUGCGUGAGAAUAACCUGAAGGAAAUUGAAGGUGGAGUAGUUUUGGAAAGCCAGGCUACUCUUGUUGCAAGUAGGAGAUCUCUGCACAAACGUAAUGGUGUGUUGGAGAUUACUCAUGAGCUGCUUGAAAGAUUAGAAGCUCAUCUCAGAGCGAGCACGGAGCUUAUGGUCACAGCAAACAUGAGAGGCAAUAGUGCAGAAGAUGUCGCGGAGAGAGUUCUUAGCUUGACAUCAAUAUGCGGAUUGCAGGGCCCAACUAUAAGUCCUGUCUAUUGCCGACGCGAUGGCAAGGUUGCUGUGGAAUACUAUGCUAUGAAUGCGGUUGUUCCACAAAAGUUGCUUUACAAGGCUAUUCAACAACUGAGAUCUAUUGGUGGCAGUGGAGUCUUGGUGACAAAGCUUACUUACAUAUUUGAUGAAGAAACACUCAGGUGGCGCGAUCUUCUCACAGAACUGGGGUUGUAACUUGGUGCGAAAGAAACUGAGCCUCAUUUGCAAUGCCUGCCAUGGUCUCAUCAUUCCAGGAAAUUUUUGUACCAUCGUGUAUACAUAGUUACAUACUCUAGCUAGGCAUCAGUUGCGUGAGAGUAUCUGUUGUACCAGUUGAUUAGAUAUCAGAUUCCGUUGCUGGGUGUGUGUUCUGUGUGCCAAUCACGCAUGCCGCAGUUCUGAAUAAUUGGGCAUGUUGAAAUGAAUAAAGCCCAAAACGUUUGCCUCCGUAGUGAAAAGAAUGAAUAAGCGGCAACUCAUGCCCCGCUGUCAUGUUUGCUCUUAUUUUUCUUAUGCA